UUUUAAUUUUACUCAAAUAUAGGGAAAAUGGUUUAUUUCAUCUAAUAUAGGUUUUUAUUCAUUAAAUCGGUGCAAGUGUUUUGAAAGGAGAUAUUACUGCUUAAUCGCGAGGGUAAGAUGGGAACGUAACAGAAUGUAUGUAACGGGUGGCGCAUAAAGAAUGGCGAUCCCCUUAUUUUCAUUUAAAUAACUUUUUUAGUUUUCAUUGUUGAGACUUAACUUUUUUUAAAAGAUCUACCAUUUCAUUCCGUACGGAAAACCUAUCGCCCAGUUUUCAUAUACCGCAGAAAUGAAAGAAUAUAGUAUAUAAAAGGAUCUGCUAAUGAAGUAUCACGUGGAUUUUUACUUGAUCACGCGGGAAUGACCUCUAGGCUUUUAUAGUUGAGAAUUAAUGAAAAAAACGAGGUUCUUCUACCUUUCUUCACUUGUCUUUAAUCACAAAAGCGUUCUUAUUAACGUGACAGAGCAUCAAGAUCAAAAAAAUUUAUAAUAUAGUACUAAUAUCUCAUGUAUUUUACUAAAAUCUCGUGGUAUUCAAAUAUCUAGACUGAUGUGCUAAUAUCUGCUUUAUUCCGCUAAAAUCUCACCGUUUAGUGAUAAUGUCUCGUGUAAUUCACCAAAAUCUUAGCAUUUAUUACUAAUGUCUCGUGUAUCCCACUAAUAUCUCGUGUGUUUUACUAAAAUCUCAUGGUAUUGAAAUACCUAGAAAAAUUGCUAAUAUCUUGUGUAUUCCACUAAAAUCUCACCUUUUAAUAGUAAUAUCUUGUGUGUUCCACUAAUAUCUCGUGUGUUCCACUAAUAUCUCGUGUGUUUUACUAAAAUCCAGUGGUAAUCAAAUAUCUCGAAAAAUAUGCUGAUAUGAGUACACGAGAUAUCAGCAUAUCUUUCCAGAUAUUUGAAUACCACUAGAUUUUAGUAAAACACACGAGAUAUUAGUGGGAUACACGAGACAUUAGUAAUAAAUGCUAAGAUUUUAGUGAAUUACACAAGACAUUAUCACUAAACGGUGAGAUUUUAGCGGAAUAAAGCAGAUAUUAGCACAUCAGCCAAGAUAUAUGAAUACCACGAGAUUUUAGUAAAAUACAUGAGAUAUUAGUACUAAAUGGUGACAUUUUAGUGAAAUAUACCAGAUAUUAGUGGAAUACAGAGAGAUUAGUACUAAAAGGUGAAAUUUUAGUAAAAUACAUGAGAUAUUAGUCCCAAGCCGUGAGAUCCUAGUGAAAGAGACGAGAUAUUAGCACUGGGAGGUGGCCUUUUAGUGAAAUAAACGAGAUAUUAGCACCAAAAGCUGAGUUCUUCGUGAAAUACACGAGAUAUUAGUACAAAACGGUGAGAUUCUAGUGAAUAGGCGAGAUAUCAGGGCAUUUCUCUAGAUACAUGAAAACCAGGAGGUUUUAGUAAAAUGCAAGAGAUAUUAGUGGAACACACGAGAUAUUAGAGAAUAAAAAGAGAUAUUUUAGUGAAUACACGCGAAUAUCAUCAUAUUUUCCUAGAUAUUUGAAAAGCACAAGGUUUUGCUAAAACACAGGCGAUAUCAGUACUUAAAGGUGAGAUUUUAGUGAAAUAAUCGAGAUAUUAGUACUAAACGGUGAGACUUUAGUGAAAUGCACGUGAUAUUAAUACUAAAGCGUGGGAUUUUGCUGUAGUACAGGAGAUAUUAGUACUAAACUGUCAGAUUUUAGUGAAAUAAACCGGAUAUUAGUACCAAACUGUGGGAUUUUAUUGAAUACACAUAGAUACUAGUACUAAAAGGAUUUUACUGAGUACAAGAGAUAUCAGCAUAUUUUUCCAGCUAUUUGAAUAUCGGUAGAUUUUAGUAAAAUACAAGAGAUAUUUGUGGGAUACACGCGACAUUAGUACUAAAACGAGAGAGUUUAGUGAAUUCACGAGAUAUUACCACAUUUUUCUAGAUAUUUGAAUACCACCAGAUAUUAGUGAAAUACACAAGAUCUUACUACUAAAAGGUGACAUUUUAGUUUUACUAAAAUCUAAUGGUAUUCAAAUAUCUAGAAAUAAAUCUGAAUGGGAUUUACGUUUACAAAAUGAUCUAACAAUAAAUACUAUGACACCAGUUGAAAAUACAUCUGAUGUGAUUCAUAAUCAUCGUCCAUUAUUAUCUCGUAGUAAAAGUGUUGCAACUAUUAAUAACGAUGAUAAUGAUGAUAAGAAUGACGAAGUCAAAACUCGACCGUUAUCAAUGAUUGUACGUGAUGGUUCAUGCGUAGAAAAAUUACGACAAUUAUUUGCUAAUAAAUCAUCAAAUGAUUUGAGAUCAUCGACAACAAGACCACCAAGUCAAAGUCUCGUUAACUUCGCUAAAAUCGCACCUUUCAGUGCAAAUAUCGGGCUGAUAUCUGGGUAA